AUGAACCUGUUCAGCAACGCAGCCAUCUUGGAGCAGGUCGCGUGGCGCUUCAUCGAGGACUACUCGUACGCCAACGCGUACGCCGCCGCCGUCGCCACGUUCGGCAACAGAGAAGCCUGGCUUUUCGUGUGGAGGGUCGGUGAACAGCUGCAGCCGCCCUUCCUGAGCACCGUCAACGCCAUCUUCGAAGACUUGCGCAACACCACCCAGCGGCUGCUCUCCGAUGCGGUGCCUUGGAUAGAUCCGGCCGCCCGAAUCGAGGCGGUGGCCAUAUUGCAGCGGUUGCACCUGGAACCGUUCUGGUCGCUGUUCGGUGCCGAGGGAUUCAACCCGAUGCUGCCUCUCAGCGCCAUCCACAAGUACCUGAACGCCUUCCCGACGCAAUUUUCAUCGCCACUGAAAGGAUGGAUGCAGGCUGCCGACCUGCACCGCCGCACGUUCCCCGGCUGGCCCCUCAACGACUCGCUGCUGCACCGCCACGGCGAGUACUCGUUCCCGGUGCAGUACGACAACUGGUGGAACUCGGUGUACCUGCACCUGGCCGUGGCGGCGCCGCCCAUGUUCUACACGGACGCGCCCGCUUCGGUCAACUACGCGGCCUUCGGCUGGGCCGUCGCCAGGCAGCUGGUCAGGGGCUUUGACCCGCAGAAGGGCGCGUUCCUGGACUCCAACAGAACCGUGAGGAGCUGGAUGUCGAGAGCCACGCGCGAAGAGCUGCAGAAGAAGAUCUCGUGCGCUGGCGGCAGAUCCUCCGUGCUCAUGGACGUGGCCGCCGCCCAGGUCGCGUACCGGGCCUUUCAGGAACACCGAGCGGCCGAGCCUAGACGCUACGCCGUGAGCAAGGACAUCUCGCUGACGCCGGACAUGCUCUUCUUCGUGACUCUCUGCCGCAGCCUGUGCGGCCGGGGUGAACUGUGUCCCAAGCUGGCUCCGACUGUGCUCAUCGUGCCAGCGUUCCCACACUGUCCUUCCCUUUGCGAAGGCGCUGGCGGUACUGGCCCACUGCCAGUCAGUGCGGUGAUUUUGGUCUCAGAUUCUUUUGAUGAUGGUGAUGAUGAUCUUCACGCGUUUGGCGCAUAACCACGUACGGAGAUUGGGCAAGAGUGCAUAGUGCUAAGGUAAUACAUAUAAAAAUCUAUAAUUUUCAUGAAUAAAAGCGAGGAAAGUUCAAAACAAUUUAGUAAACAGUCAUUCGAUAAAAAAGUAUAUGUAAUAUAUAUGAGGCAAUAAAGGAGGAAUAAAAUGAAUAAUACGGUCAACAAUGAAAACGGUUUGAUUCAAUUAUGAAUUUUUUUUAUGGCGAUGCACACAUUCCUGCGUGAGUGCCCAAGCACAGAAGCUCCGAAAGACUGCAGUACCGGAGUGUUAAAUGGCAAG